GGGCAUUGCAGUCAGAUAUUUUAAUAACGUACUGUUCUCCUGUCUCCUUCCCUGCCUCCCAAUGAGGAUGCAUCGAAUGAUGAAAGAAGAAUCGAGUUUCAGGACAAGCAGCCUGGAAAAUGCGACGCGGGACCCGAGCAAAGAAAAGCUGCACAUGAAACACUGCAGCGGGUCCUGCCACGCCAAGCAGAUCCUCCAGACGCUGAACUCCUACCGGCAGAGCGGCAUCUUCACAGAUGUGGUGCUAUUAAUUGAUGGACAAGAAUUCCCCUGUCACCGUGCCACUUUGUCAGCCAACAGCACCUAUUUCCGGGCCAUGUUUGGUGGCAAUCUCAAGGAAGGCCACCAGGAUAUCAUCAAUAUCCAGAAGAUUUCUGCUUCCACGAUGUCUCUUCUUCUUGAUUAUAUGUAUGGGGGGAAUAUCAUCAUUCAGGAAGACAACGUUGAAGGCAUCUUGGAACUCUCUGACUUGCUGCAGAUCUCCAAGCUCAGAGAUGCUUGUGUCACCUUCCUUGAAGGCCAGCUUCACCCAUGCAAUUGUCUGGGCAUCAUGAAGUUUGCAGAUUCAUUCUCCAUUGCGUCUCUGACAGAAAAGAGCAAGAGGUUCAUGCUGGAGUGUUUUGUGGAGGUCUCGUGUCAUGAAGAGUUCCUGGAGAUGGGUGUGAAGGAGCUGGUUGAAUAUCUGUCUGAUGAGCAGCUGGUGGUCCCCAAGGAAGAAGUGGUCUUUGAAGCAGUCAUGCGCUGGGUACGACAUGACGUACCUGCCAGAAAGGGAGCCUUGAAGGAUCUCCUUGAGCAUGUGCGUCUGCCCCUGCUUGACCCCACCUACUUCCUGGAGAAGGUGGAAAUGGAUGGACUCAUCCAGGACUCAAAGGAGUGCAUUCCUCUGCUGCAUGAGGCCCGCAAAUACUACAUCCUCGGGAAUGAGGUCAGCUCUUUGCGAUCAAGGCCCAGAAGGUUCAUGGAGCUGGCAGAAGUCAUCAUCGUCAUUGGGGGCUGUGAUAAGAAAGGCCUCCUGAAGCUGCCCUUCACGGACCUCUACCACCCGAAGAGCAGGCAGUGGACAGCCCUCUCCAGCGUGCCUGGCUACACCAAGUCAGAGUUUGCUGCCUGCACACUGAAGAACGAUGUGUACAUAUCAGGAGGACACAUCAGCAGCAAUGAUGUUUGGGUGCUGAGCUCCCAGCUGAACGUCUGGAUCAAGGUUGCUUGUCUGCAGAAAGGCCGAUGGAGGCACAAAAUGGCAACGCUUCAGGGCAAGAUCUAUGCUGUGGGAGGUUUUGAUGGUUUUUACCGCCUCUCUAGCGUGGAGUGCUAUGACACCUUCUCCAACAGCUGGUCAACCUUGGCCCCGCUGCCUCAAGCCGUGAGCUCGGCGGCCGUGGUCUCCUGCCUGAACAAGCUCUACGUGAUGGGUGGUGCUGUGGAUGACACUGCUAACACUGACAAGGUGCAGUGCUAUGAUCCAGAGGACAACAAGUGGACGCUCCUGUCUCCGACCCCUUUUUAUCAGAGAUGCAUCAGUGCCGUCUGCUUGGACAACAUAAUUUAUGUUGUAGGUGGACUGCUCAGUAAAAUCUUCAGCUACGACCCAAGGGAAGACAGCUGGCGAGAAGUGGCCACCCUCCCUGGGCCUCUGGAGAGCUGUGGCCUGACGGUGUGCGGAGGGAAGAUUUACAUCCUGGGUGGCCGAGAUGAGAAUGGGGAAGGCACGGACAAAGCCUUCACUUUCGACCCGGUGACGGGGAUGGUGGAGCAGCAGCCACCACUGCAGCGCUGUACCAGCUAUCACGGCUGUGUCACCAUCCUCCAGCGAAUGAACAGAUGACCACAGGGCUCCAACGGCGUCCACCUCCCACCCAGAGCCUCCCCUUGAGACAGUGGCCAUCCAGAGUGUGGAUGGACAUCUCACCUUUGUGCGGGGAAGGGCAAUCCAAGCCACUGAAGAAGGUGUGCUCCAGCCAGCCCCUGGGAAGCCUCUGUUUUGUUUUUUUUCCUGGCCUGAUGAUGCCAGUGUCUUUGAUACUGACCUAGGUGAGAAGAGGAAAAGGGUGCUGGGCUGUGUGAAGCUGCAUCACAGACCUUGCCACAGAAGGAUUCAAAUACCCUUGCAGCCCCUGGAACCUCUGAAUUUGACCUUUAUGUAGAUUUUCCUAGCUGUAUAUUACAGUUUUUUGUUAUGUUGGCAACAGAGGCUCAUGUCCUUCAAGGACAUGUGUUUGCUGUUUUCUGACACCCAAGUCUGUUGCAGUGAUAACUGUUACAGGAUCCAAUUCUUUAGCUAAAGCCACCUGAUAUUUGUGCAUUUAGCCCUGUAGAACCACAGUGCUGACCUAAAUGGUCAUUAACAUCCAUGAAUGGUUAGUCCCAUUACAGUGGAGAGAUGAGAUUGAGACUCCAAAGCUGAUAGCCCAAGAAAAUUCCUCCACUAAAUCCCUGAAAGCCUGAUUAAAUAGGCCAGGCUCUGACUCCAUUCUGCACUUGCUGUAUGAGGGUCUAUUCCCCUAAAGCACUGAGUGCUGUCUCCUUUCAUACAGGUUUUGUGGUUGGACUGCUAUCUCACUGUGUCUUUGUCCUCGAGAGGACAAGUGGAUGAUAUGGCCAAGAGUGGUUCUUUGGAGAGUAACGUGCAGGAAUCAAGCAUGAAGGCCUGAAACAUGGUUGGUAGCCACAGAAUCACAUCUGGCUCAUUUUGGCUCUAGAGUAUGCUAGCAAGCAAUUAAAAUACACUGAAUAUUUAACAGAUUUGAUACAAAGUCCCCUGGAGCUUGAAUGUGCAGCUCAUUUGGAGGGCAAGUGUGCGAUUACACAGGCUGUGUUGCUCCAAGCCAGUUGGUCUCAGGUCUAGAAUGAUCCUGAGCACAUUUGAUCUGGUUAGAAUAGCCAUAGUUUUUGGCAUCAGUGUCUUUUUAGUCCAUGCCUGGAACGGGCAAUUUCUGAUGGGUCCGUGUAAAUGUUCAUGUUGCUCAAUUAGGGACUUAGUUGCUGCCAAAAGUAGAGUGGGGAUCUCUUAAAAACUCCUUUUACUUGUGCUUUGCAGGGUGCACCCCUUUACAGCAGCUGCUGGCUGGCUGCUGUUUUCUCUGCACCUUCCUCUCCCCACACCAAUGUUGACUUCUUCCUGAAGUAGAGGACACAACUAUGUCCACUGGCCCAGGUACUCCCCUUUUCAGGGUCUUUUAAUUGUCUUAAACCUCCUGGUUUUCCUGCUUUCCCCCAUAUAGCUGUUUUUUAUGUGGUCCUCUUUAGUGUUUCUGUUUUCUGUGAACUAUGAGAAGUUCACCUCUUCUUCAUCAGGCUUACCUGUAAAACACGGCAAAAAGAAGUCCCUGCUGAAGAACCAAAAUUGUCUGUAAAUGGGGCCCACUGGUCUCCUCUUCUCUUUAG